AUGGCUCACAGAGACAGCUUUUCAUCACUCAAGGACGAGAAGCACGAUCACGAUCAAGUGGAAAUUUCACCAGCCGUGGAAGACACCCACGACGCCAAAUUCGAAAAGAGAGUACUGAGAAAGAUCGACUGGCGCCUUCUCCCGAUUCUUGGUGCUCUUUACACCAUCGCACUGGUAGACCGAAGCAACAUCUCUGUCGCCAGAAUCUCUGGUCUGGAUGAAGAUGUCGGUCUCAAACAGGGCAAUCGUGCCUCAAUCGUCCUUCUGGUUUUCUUCAUUGGCUAUAUCAUCUUUGAGCUCCCUUCGAACAUUAUAAUCCACCGUGUCGGUGCUGCGAAUUGGCUGGCGUUCAUUGCAUUCUCGUGGGGUCUCGUUUCACUUGGUAUAGGCUUCCUUCAAAACUGGAUCGGCCUUGCCAUAUGUCGCGCUAUCUUAGGCGUGUUUGAGGCUGGUUUCUUCCCGGGUUGUAUCUACCUCGUGACUUGUUGGUAUCGACGGUACGAGGUACAGAAACGACUGGCAGGCUUCUUUCUCACAGCGUCCGCCCUAUCGGCAUUUGCGAACAUCUUUGCAUAUGGGCUCAUUCAAAUCGCCAAGCGCACCGAAUACAAAGGCUGGAGAUGGAUCUUCAUCAUCGAAGGGGCGAUCACUUGCGUCGCAGCGAUCGCGGCAUGGUUUGUCAUUGUCGACUUCCCCGACUCCAAUCGAAACACAUUCUUGAGCGAGGAAGAGAAAGCAUUCGUCAAGGCUAGACUUGCGGCAGACCGGGGAACCGAAGAACGCCAGAAAGUUACAUGGACAGUCCUCUUCAAGACCGCAGCCGACUGGAAAGUCUGGGCAUUCUCUCUCAUGUACAUGAGCGGUGCAGUGGGUGUCUAUGCGUUCCUGUUCUUCCUCCCCAUCAUCCUGCGAAGCGGUCUCGGAUAUUCUCUCUCAAUGUCCUUCAUCUUGUCGGCACCGCCUGCCCUAUUCUCAGUCGUCGAGGCAUUUUUCAUCUCGUGGGUUGCCGACAAGACCAAGAUGCGAGGCCCUUUUGUUGUUUUCCAGGGCAUUGUCGCGAUCAUCGGUCUCUGCAUGACAGGUUUCCUCAACGCACCAACACCGAGGUAUAUCGGCACUUUCCUAGGUGAAGCUGGUGUCAACGGCCUCGUCGUCUCCGUGCUAGCAUGGCAGGCAAACAAUCUUCGAGGAGAUGCAAAGCGUGCCGUCGCCACGGCGAUCCUUAUCUCUUGUUCCGGAAUCGGAGGAAUCUACUCCUCAUUGGUCUUCCGCCAACAGGAUGCGCCAAACUACCUGCCAGGCAUCAUCGCCGUGAUGGCGAUCUGUGUUUCCACGGUCAUCAUCGCAUGCAUCAUGAUGUUCUCGUUGAAGCGUGCGAACAAGCAGGCCGAUGAGGGAAAACGAAUCAUUGAGGGUCUUGAGGGAUUCAGAUAUACUAUCUAG